CUAUCAUACAAACUCAAAACACAUUUCAAAAGCAAUAACUUCUCUAUCUCUCCUUCUCAUAGUUUUGUAUUAAUUAUAAUUUUUCUUAUCUAAGCUCUAAAUUAGUAAUUAUCAUGGCCAAGGCAUCAGAUCCACUUGUAGUUGGAAGAGUAAUUGGAGAUGUAAUUGAUAAUUUCACACCAACUGUGAAAAUGACAGUUACUUAUAACUCCAACAAACAGAUUUUCAAUGGCCAUGAGCUUUUCCCUUCUGCUGUUACUUUUAAACCUAAGGUUGAGGUUCAAGGAGCUGAUAUGAGAUCCUUUUUUACUCUGGUGAUGACAGACCCAGAUGCACCUGGUCCUAGUGAUCCAUAUCUGAGAGAGCAUUUGCACUGGAUAGUGACAGACAUUCCAGGAACAACAGAUGAUACUUUUGGAAGGGAAGUGGUGAGCUAUGAAAUGGCAAGGCCAAACAUAGGAAUACACAGGUUUGUGUUUCUUCUGUUCAAGCAAAAAAGAAGGCAGACAGUGAAGGCACCAACAUCAAGAGAUAGGUUUAAUUCGAGAAAAUUUGCAGAAGAAAAUGAAUUAGGUUUGCCAGUUGCUGCUGUUUUCUUUAAUGCUCAGAGAGAAACUGCUGCAAGAAGACGCUAACUCAUCAUUCAAAAGCUUCAUCAUCAGCAAGAAAGAAAUAAAAGUUCACCACAAAUAAAAAUAUUAAUAGCAGUACUGAUUUGGAUCUUAGUGCAGGGGUAUUUAAUUAAAAGAAAAAUAUUGAAAAAGCAAAAAGAAGGUGAUGGGAACUUUGUUUUACCUAAAAUGUAAGAAGCUGAUUCGGGGAUAUAUAAGUGUAUUAUAUAAUAUUUAUUGCAUGCAGGUUUGAGCAGAAGAAUUUUAAAAAGACUUGUUAUUGUUGCUAUGAUUGUUAAAUACGAGUCUUUUGUCUUGCUAUAAAAUGAUAAAUGUUGUGAGGUUUUGAGUUCAAA